UCCUGCAUGGAGCUCAGCACGUGUCUCUCAUCUCCUCUCUCUAUCUCUGUUUCGUAUUUUCUUAAGUCUUAAGCAAAACAGACAAACAACUUCCCUUCGUUCAAUUUUUCCCGAGAAAAUAAACUUCCCUGGACUACCCAGAAAAUUCAAACCCAACAAUCAAUAAAAUAAGAUUCCAGAGACCCUCUGAGAAAGUUAGGAGAGAGAAGGCAGUAAGUAUCGGGAGAAAGACUGGUGCCACCGAAAGCCCUGAAUCGGGCGUUUUAUAAGGUCGUUACACCGACUCAGCUAAGUCGCUAUUCUCUCCCUCAAUCUAUCUGUCAGAGUUCAAUCUGGUAUUACUCUCUCUCUCUCUCUCUCGCCUGUUAAUCGCCUUAUUUCCUGGUUGUUUUUGAUUUGGGAAAACCCUUUUUAUUCUCUCUAUUUUGUUUUUGGUUGAGCCUCGUUUGGGGGUUUAACACUGUAAUCGAAUCUACGCCUAAAAUCCUAUGUAGAUACCAAUACAUAUAGGGCAAAACCCUUUUAGAUUGAGUUUUAUCACUUCCCUGAAUCAAACUUGCUUUAGAUUAUGGCAUUCGAUCAAAACUCAAUAGCUAAAGAUCCAGUGACAGUAAACGCUACUAGAACUGUAACCGAAGAGCCCCGCAUUGCGGCCACUAUUACAUCUGGUAGAAACACUGCGGAAGGAGGUUUUGCGAGCUCUGGGUCCAUACCCGUUUAUUAUCCGGCAACGGUACCUGAUGCUGGUUAUGUGACUCUUGGGUAUGGUGCUGCAGUGCCUCCUGGUGUUACUGCAUGGGCGCCACGUAUGCCUGUUCCGGUUGGGAGUGUUAGUGUUAAUCCUGCUGUAGGUGGGUUCGGUUAUGGUCCCAGUUUGGGGAAUAGGGUGGUUGGGAAUGCUGUUGAUCAUUCAGGGAGUGAUAUGGGAUCUGCAUUUGUGGGUGCUCGAAAUUUGGGGGACAGCGUUAAUGGUAAUGGAAGUGAUCAGGAGGAGAAGGCAACAAGGGUUGAUUAUAAUCCCAAUUUGGUUAACAAGGUCGGUAGCAAUGGGGCUGAACAAGUGAGUGAAGGUGGUGGAAACGAUUCUGUUUCUGGGAAGAAAGUCAAGUUUUUGUGUAGCUUUGGGGGUAAGAUUUUACCUAGACCCAGUGAUGGUACUCUAAGAUAUGUUGGAGGACAAACUAGGAUUAUUAGUAUCAAGAGAGAGGCAAGCUUCAAUGAGCUUAUGCAAAAGAUGGUGGACAUAUAUGGGCAACCUGUGAUCAUUAAGUACCAGCUCCCUGAUGAAGAUCUUGAUGCGUUGGUAUCAGUUUCAUGCCCUGAUGAUCUUGAGAACAUGAUGGAUGAGUACGAGAAGUUGAGUGGGAGUUUUUCAGAUGGGUCAGCUAAAUUGAGAAUGUUUUUGUUUUCUGCGUCAGAACUCGACUCUUCUGGUGUGGUGCAGUUUGGAGAUUUACACGAUGGUGGGCAGAAAUAUGUGGAUGCAGUGAAUGGGGUUGUCGAUGGAGUUGGAAGCACUGGUAUCACAAGGAAGGAGAGUAUGGCAAGUGCAAAUUCAACACAAAAUUCUGAUAUCAGCGGGGCUGAGACUGGUGAUUGCUCAGGUCUGUGGCAAGGGGACACUACUGGGCUGCCAUCCACCUGCACAUUAUCACCUAGCAAUAAUUCAGCUACUUCCCAUGAUGCUGCUCCAAAAUUGAUGUGCAUUGAUCCCAACCCCGCAGCUUAUACUGAUGCUUCUACUGCUCCAUUGGGCAUUCCAGUUGUUAAGUCUGGGCCACCUCAAACUUCAGAACCUUACCCCGAGGUUGAAGUGGUGAGGCCUGUACCUGUUGCUGCACCACAUCAGCAACUAGGUUAUGAUUUCCAUCAACCUGGAAAGGAAGUUCCACAGCCAGGACCUCACAUGCAGGCUUAUGUUGAUUCUCGACCAGAAGUUAUGAACAACUCAGGCUUUAUACAUCUUCCUUCCCAAAUGGGAUUUCCAAAUUCUCAAUUGUUUGGAAAUGCAGGAGCUGUGUUUACUCAACAACAACUCCAUGAUAAUCUGGGAGGUGUUACUCAUCAUCAGUUUAUUCCUGCGGUGCACAUGACAGUGGCUUCAUCUUCUCAUGCUCCUGUCAGGCCUACAGUGGUUCAACCAUUAGUGCAGCCGCAACAAACUCGGUUCGAGCAAUAUCCCAAUCAAAGCACAGUUGGGCCUAGGGUUGUUCAGCUUCCUUUUGAUCCAACCUACAAUAUGUAUAAGGCGCAGGUCCCAUCUCAAGUAGUUGGGGGAGGCUAUGGCUGGCAUCAAGUUCAGUCACCUGAGACUGGAACGUACACUGAUGGUAAAGUGCCUCAUCAACAGGUAAUUUUUACUGAAAAGAUUCUGAGGUUGCAAGACUGUUAUAUGUGUCAGAAUGUACUGCCUCAUGCACAUUCGGAUACUUUGCCACAGGAUCGUAAAGUGAGUGGUGCAAAUCCUUUAUAUGAUUCAAGCUCGGCUUAUCAAAGUCUCCGUUCAGAAGAUGCAAUGAGAUUUCAUUCAAUAAGCAGUGGUAUGGUAACUGGCAUCUCAGGUGAUGAUGUCAUUGACCAACGUGCUGGUGCUCGAGCUGGAGUCCAUUAUCAAGUUGGAACACCUCAAGCGGAUGCAAUGGCAUUGUCUCAUAACCUUGAUGCACAAAAUGGAAAUGAGGGAAUUGUUUACCAGAAAACAGACAAUUCUGAUCGUAUUCCCAUGGUUUCAGCUUCCAAUGGAGUGAUGGGUUUGGCUGGUGACGUCAACUUACCUUACGGAAAACUUUUAGGUACCAUGCCUCAAUCUUCCUGUGAUGAUGCGACACAGAAGCAGUCAGUGCCAACUUAUUGUCAGGUUAAACAGGAGCCACUUAAUAAACUUAUCAAUAAUGAUAUACCGCAUGUUGGAGGUUUACCUAUUCAAUCUUCAGAGCGCCUGAUUCAAGAACCCGCAAAAGACUUUUCUGGUAAGAUCUCAGGCCUUGUUCCCAAAGAAGAUACGAUAGACUCCUGUGUAUCACAUGACCAUCUGAGACCCAUUGAUGGGAUGAUGGAACCUCUCCAAAUACAUCCAGCUGAGAUUUGUGUUAAUAAAGAACAAAAUAGGGCACCCACUAAUACGCUUAGAAAAGAAGAUAUUUUGAAUUAUGGACCACAGCCAACUACAGGGAGGGAUGCACUUUUUGAUAAUUCCUUUAGCAAUCCGCAAAUAGUUCGUGAUGCAAAUCAUUGCAAACCCACUGAAGUUUUGCCUUCUAGCUCUGAAGCAAUGUGUUAUGGGCAUAAUUAUCUGCACAAGGAAUCACAUGAGGCAGCUCAACUUCCUCUUUUGGUCGAUCCAGCAUUCUCUGGUGUUGAGUCGACUUAUGUAAUCGACAGACCUCUGCCUGUUUCUGAGUGGAAGGAUGAAGUCUCAUGCUUACAGCCAAAGAUUGUUCCUAGUGAUGUAGAAGGUUUUACCUUGAAUGGUAACAUACUAUCUUCUCCAUCCCCUUCUAGCAGGCCCGUUGAUGUUGUGGACUCGUCAAACUCUCUUUUUAGCAACCAGGAUCCUUGGGCUUUGCGUCAUGAUACUCAUUUCCCCCCUCCCAGGCCUACUAAAAUUGCAGUAAGAAAGGAAGCCUUUGUUAAUAGGGACCCAGUGGUUGGUAAUCAUUUGGGCAGUAGUGGGGAACCAAGUACAGACACAAGAUUGGAUGACGGAGCCUUCCAGCCAUUGAGCAAUUUAAAUAGGGAUUACAGUUUAGAGCAAGCUCGUUCCUCCAAAGGCUCAGAAGAGGACCUCAUCAAGAAAGAACUCCAAGCUGUCGCUGAGAAUGUAGCUGCUUCUGUCUUUCAAUCUUCUACAUCUUCUAAUCCUGAUUUAUCAGCUCAUGACAUUAAUGAAUCUGCCUUUGACACUGCUCAAGGCACAGAAGUUUCAAAUUAUAAGGAUGUGAAGACCAAAAUUUCGGAGAAGGUGAAUUUUGGUUUUCCUGUGUCAGAUGGCAUCGGUCGCUUGCAGAUUAUUCAGAAUAGUGACCUUGAAGAGCUGAGAGAGUUAGGUUCUGGUACUUUUGGCACUGUUUAUCAUGGAAAGUGGAGGGGUACUGAUGUCGCAAUUAAACGGAUUAAUGACAGGUGUUUUGCUGGGAAACCUUCAGAACAAGAGCGAAUGAGAGAUGAUUUUUGGAAUGAGGCCAUUAAGCUUGCUGACUUGCACCAUCCAAAUGUGGUAGCCUUCUAUGGUGUUGUGCUGGAUGGCCCUGGAGGCUCAAUUGCCACAGUAACUGAGUAUAUGGUUAAUGGAUCCUUGAGAAAUGCUCUGCAGAAGAAUGUGAGGAGCCUCAGCAAGCGCAAGCUCCUUUUGAUUGCCAUGGAUGUGGCCUUUGGGAUGGAGUAUUUACAUGGAAAGAAGAUAGUGCAUUUUGAUUUGAAAAGUGACAAUUUACUUGUCAAUCUUAGAGACCCUCACCGCCCAAUAUGCAAGGUUGGUGAUUUGGGCUUGUCUAAGGUGAAAUGUCAGACACUUAUAUCUGGUGGUGUUCGAGGAACACUUCCAUGGAUGGCACCUGAGCUUCUAAAUGGUAGCAGUAGCCUUGUUUCAGAGAAGGUUGAUGUGUUUUCAUAUGGUAUUGUGAUGUGGGAACUUCUUACUGGGGAAGAACCAUAUGCAGACUUGCAUUAUGGGGCGAUUAUAGGUGGAAUCGUCAGCAAUACCUUGCGGCCACCAAUACCAGAAUCAUGUGAUCCGGAUUGGAAAUCACUGAUGGAGAGAUGUUGGUCGUCAGAGCCAUCAGAGAGACCGAGCUUUACUGAAAUUGCCAACGACUUGCGAAUUAUGGCUGCAAAACUUCCUCCGAAAGGACAAAACCCGCCUCAAUAACUCCCCGCGACACAGGCUCAGGUUCAAAAACAAAUUUAGGGUUUUACUUUCUUUGGAUGUCUCUCCGUGUUGGUUCUUCAUUCUGUAUAUAAAUACAUCUACCAGGGUUUUGCUUACAAAGGUUUUUUCUUUUCCUUGCAUGGAAAUACUUAAAAAGUUUCUACAACUUGUCGAUCUGUCGGAUGUUUUUUUGCCUUUCAGCUGUUUGAUCUCUGUCAACAUUAUAUGACUUGAGAUGCAUAAAAUAUGCUUGCAAUUUUAUUGAUCAUCUUAAGAAUGUUGAAUUUUUGUUUUCA